UAGACAGAGACAGACAGUAUUUUUAACCUAACCUGAAAUUUAAAUGUCAGAUUUAGGUAAUAUGAAAAUAAAUCAACGAAUUAUUAAUUUGAAAAGAACAGAUUUCCGCGAAAUCUAGGUUUCAUCCAUCCAAAAACCCUAUCGAACUUAACAAACCAAAUCCCUGCUGAGUAUGAUUUGAAUCUCGUCAACCAUGGACAACCCCGCUUAUAUAUUCGGACGCGAAAACCAAAACGUAGACUACUUCAACAAUCCUGACUUGAUAAGGAGGCUACCUGUCCACGAUGAUAAUUUCCGAAUGCCCGAAAGAUUCGUCCCUUACACGCUAGACGAGGAUCCCAAAGUGAAGAGAUUCAUAGGCUCUGGAAUAACGUUCAUCAGCCUGGUGGCCGAGAAUCUACUGAGCCACCCUUUCGUGGUGUUGCGAAGACAAUGCCAGGUCCAUCACACUUCCCGCAGGUACCACCUGCAGCCCUUUACGCUGGUACCCGUGGUUUGGCGCUUGUACCAGCACCAAGGCUUGACGGCCAUGUGGAAAGGCGUGGGAUCUGUCUUGGUGGUUAGAGGUAUGACCUUAGGGGUGGAGGACCUCAUCUCUAAGUUCACCCCCUUGCCCAAGGAAAUCAGCUGGCAUAGCAGUUUGAAGCAGUUUUUUCAGCAUAUUGUAUUGAAAUGCGCUAGUCUAGCGAUAGUCACCCCGUUUUACUCAGCUUCUUUCGUGGAAACGGUUCAAAGCGAGAUCGCCAGCGAGAAACCUGGCAUUGUGGACGUGUUUAAGGAAGGUAUGAUGCGCCUCAUGCACUGGGGCUCUCCGACUAAUGGUAGGAUGCUCCCGGUGUGGGCUCUGAUUGUACCGACGGUAGCCCUAGGUCUGGCACGCUACUUGCUGUCCAUGCUGGUGAAGGGGGUGACUUCCAGAAUACUAGUGGAUCGAACGCAGAGGAAAUACGAACGAAAGGGGGCGUUGCUGAAGGAUAACAGUUCCGAUUUGCAGAACAUCGAGGUGAUUUCUUCAAUUUUCGCUGCUAUAUCGAGCGACAUUAUCUUGUAUCCGUGUGAGACCGUAAUACACAGGAUACACCUACAGGGUACUCGCACCAUUGUAGACAACUUGGACAGUGGAAGAUCGGUUUUGCCAAUAUUGACGAACUACACAGGUGCCUCGGACUGCUACGAGAGCUGUUUGCUCAACGAGGGGGUUUGCGGGCUGUACAAAGGCUUUGGGGCCCUUAUCCUGCAGUACGUUGCUCACAUAGCGCUUAUUAAAAUCAGCCAUUUUCUGUUGACGGAGAUCGGGGGCUGGUUGGGGGGCAACGAAAUUAAGCCUGCGGUUAAAGUUUCGCCACCGGCUGUAUCAAGUGUUACCAGUAUUCGAAGUUCGUAUCUAUUGCCAUAACUGUAGAAGGAGCUGUAAAAGGAUAAGAAAUAUUUCAAAAUAUUCAAAACUCGUAAUGUUAAGUUGAAAUAGUUCUAGUCAGUGGUUUCUAAAGGAUUAUCUUGAUCUUUGAAACAAAACUGGAUUUUUGGGGAUAAAUAUGUUUGUUUCUACUUAAUAUUAAUUCCAAAACAUUUAGUUUUAUGAAAGGUUAUUUGAAGUUAUUGUUUUAUUGUUUACCAUUUUAAUUAUUAUAUUGGAUAGCAAAUUAAAUGAUGGACAUAA